GUGGGCCAUUUUAUUAUUCCAGCAAAAAACAAUUAUUAUCAUAGAAAUAGUAAAAGAACAAUGCCUGACAAAACCACUACACGAUUACCACUUCACAUCAACAUAAAUACCGAUGUAUUUACUACUAAAACAAACUUUCGACGCAAAUUACUACAAGAAUCACCUUUAAUAUCUCAAGCUUUAAAUUUUUUCAAAACAAGCAUUAUUUUCAAACAACCUUUACUGCUUUUUUUGAUAUUUUUAUUUUGUAUAUGUCUUUAUGGCAUAAUUCGAUUUCCAACAAAAGAAGAAAUAAUAAUAUCACAAGAAGUGCCUGCAGUAGAUGUGUUAAGCAAUGUCUUUCCUACUGACGGUGACGGAGAAACCACUGCAAUUCUAUUGAAUUGGUCUAGAUUAGAAAAUUUGAAGAUUAUAGUAAAACAUCUGUGUCAAUAUUCGAUGUUUAAGGAGAUCAUGAUAUGGAACAAUAAUGGUGAUAUAUAUCUUUCUGACAAAGUAAGAGGAAACAUGUAUUUCAUUGCAAGAUAUAUGGCUUGUGCGAUGGCGACUACCCCUUACUGUUAUUUUCAAGAUGACGAUUGGAUUAUUCGGCAUAUGCGUUCUAUGUAUGCUAACUUUCUACGUUUUCCAAAUUUAAUUCACACCGACACAAAUGCGGACGUAUAUUCUCUGACCAAUUGGAAAUGGUGUUUUUUUGAUGAUGCUGUCGAUCUACAUGCUUGCUUUUCUUGGGUUGGAACCGGUGCCUUCGCUUCUCGAGAUAAUGUAGUAAGAUUUCUCAAAAUGGCUUCGAUCACUGAAAUGGAUCCAACUGAAUUUGCAUAUGGUGAUAUGUAUUUCACAACAUUUAUGAACCAAGUGCCAUAUCAGUUGGAGAAUGAAUUAAUGGAAUUACCGCAGGAAAAUGCUUUUAGUGCUGGAAACGGAAGAAUCCGCAACAAAAUUUAUAUGCACAAAGCUUUAGUACGUUUAUACGAUCACCUAAGUCGUAAAACAGGAGCCUUUGAAACAAAGGAAAUUUCGCCUAGCAUAUAUCAACGCGACGUACGUUCUCCUUGCGAGAAUGACAGAUGUUUAUUUCUCACAAAUAAGAAUUCAUUUCCGGACGUUCGAGCAUUUCGUUAUAGACCAUAUAUUAAUAUUAGCGAGUCUGAACGAAUUCACGAGAGCUAUUAUGAUACUGGGCAUUUCAUUCGUCAUCCUUAUUCGCAUGCUGUAGAUGAUAAAGAUUGGACUGCAUGGAAAUCACAAGAGGUCAUCCGUAAGGAUGAUUAUAUUAGCUUAGAUUUGUUGUUCCCGAUGCCAUUCCCACUCAUAUUUACUCUCAUAGUCGAUCACCAUAGAGAUUAUUUCUCUUCGUUAAAUAUGAAGAUACAGAUAUCUUAUAAUGGAAUAGAUUGGAUACAAUUGUCACCAUUACCGAAAAUAGAAGUUCGACAACUUCCACGAACUGGCCUUGACGGAAGAACACAUUUAUUAUUAUGUACUUUUCAAAUUAGAGAGACUGGUAUCCGUUUUGUAAAAUUAACCAGUACCAGAGAGUGGGAAUUUCCAUAUGGUAUCUAUGAUUUUUCCUUCCAUGCUCGUAUUGACAAGUUUUGUUAG